AUGUUGAGUGUAGAGGAAAUUGCAAUUCUUGGAGUUGGCGCUGUGACUGCAUUCUUUGUGUUGGUGUUUGCACUGACAUUGUUGAUUGUGUUGCUGGUCGCCAAUAAGUAUGUUAGGUCAGCAUCAUCUGGAAAGAGUUCAAUGUCAUCAAUGGGCACAAUGAAUAAGAAUAGCAAUGACAUUGGAGGUGAGGAUAGCCCCGACAACAUGUCAGACAGCAGCAUAGAUUAUAUAGAGUUUGUCGGUCGCAAGCAGUACGUGGUCGUGCUGAUCACCUCUGUGAUGGCCGUCGUACUGUUUGAAUUGACUGUACUAGUAUUGGUGAUAUUCGAUCGUCUGCCACUACCUGCUGGCAUCAUCAUAAUGGUGUUGGUCGGCUGCACCUACUGGCUGUCAUUCAUCAUCCCCUCCAACACAGAGGUCAUUGCCAAGUCAUUGACACGCAAUCCACUCUCACGAUGGGCGCGUCGCUGCGUGUGGAAGCUGAAGCAUCGCACGCUCUACUGCGUUCUCAGCUUUGUGUUCAUCGCAAUGAUACUCCUGGCGCCCACCUUGGCACUCUGGGGCAUUUGCGAGGACAACCUGCAACUCAUCGACACGCGUCUCAUGCGCCGAUACAUGUCACCAUCGUGCCCCGCCGGCGCACCAUGUCUCAUCUAUCUCACGUUGAACGAGAACCCGCACAACUCGGUCAUUGCCAACUAUCACACGCCACACUCAUCGCCAUCCACCCAAUGUCUCUACGACACAUUGUCCGCCAAUGGCAACAACACCAACUACAGAUUCAAGGCGAGCGGCGAGCAGUUUGCCAUGCCCAACCUCGAGGUGUCCAGAUACAUUCACUGGGUGCACAUCGAUGGCCUGACGCCCAACACCACAUACUACUUUGUCUGCGGCUGCAACGAGCAGGGAUGGACGAAUGAGCGUCGCUUCAAGACUCUCUCGGAUGACCCACAAGCACCAGUCACAUUUGUCGUCGGUGGCGAUGUAGAUACCACAGAGACUGCGACUCGCGUGUCCAAGGUGGCCGCGCUUCAAUCACCUCAGUUCGCACUGAUAGGCGGUGAUCUCGCAUACGAUCGUGCACAAUACACAUGCUACAGGAUCUUGGACAAAUGGCUCGAUCAAUGGCAGACGACAAUGGUCACGCCACAAGGCUACACCAUCCCCAUGGUGGCCGCAAUUGGCAACCACGAGGUCAUUGGCAACUAUGGCGCCACAAAGGAUCGCAUACCAUUCUUCCUGCGCUACUUCCCUCAGAUGGUCAAGUCGGACGACCCUGGCCAGAACAUACAGGCGCGCUCAACAUACAGCGCGUUUAACAUUGGUGGACCCAACGGCACGGUUGUCUUCCGUCUGGACUCGGGUCACAGUGCGACCUAUCCCGAGCAGACGUCGUGGAUGCUCGACCAACUCAAGAACAAGUACAACAACACACAGUAUCGAUUCGCAAUCUAUCACGUGCCGGCCUAUCCCACGAUCAGAGUGUACGAGACGCCGGCCUCGGCAGACGUUCGCAAGAAUUGGAUACCAGUGUUUGAUGAACACAAGUUCCAAGUAUCAUUUGAGAACCAUGAUCAUGCCUACAAGAGGACACUACCAAUGUAUGCCAAUCAAGUGGUCAAUCAAUCAUCACCAGCUGGACAAAAGGGCACAGUAUACAUGGGUGAUGGAUCAUGGGGAGUAGACCUCAGACCAACUGCAGCACAAAGAUGGUACCAAGCCAAGAUUGCAAAGAUUAAUUAUAUAUUAAGAGUUGACCUCAAUAGCACUCAGAUGACUUAUACAGCUUUGGAUGAAGAAUCACAAUCGUUUGAUGAAGGUGUAGUUGACCGAUGA